UGUGAUUGGUCGCCCGGCAGGCAGGCAAAGGAGAACGGAGGGAUGGAGGGCGCGCCGGGCGGAGGGGACUGCGAGGCCGCGCCGGGCUCUCCCCGCGCGUGCCCGCCGGCCGUGCCCGCGCCCACCCGCCGGCAGGCCUUCCUGUGGUGCCGGGAGUUCCUGGCCGGGGCCUGGCGCCGCCUCGCCGCCCCCGACGAGCUCCGCAUCGCCCCCGUCAGCGGUGGGCUGAGCAACCUCCUCUACAAGUGCAGCCUCCCCGAGGGACUCCCCAGUGCGGAAGGAGAGCCCCGGCAGGUGCUGCUCCGCGUCUAUGGCGCCAUCCUCCAGGGGGUGGACUCCCUGGUGCUGGAGAGCGUUAUGUUUGCCAUCCUGGCCGAAAGGCAACUGGGACCACGUCUGUACGGCAUCUUCCCCCAGGGCCGCCUGGAGGAGUACAUCCCGAGCCGGCGCUUGGUGACGGAGGACCUGCCGGAGCCCAGCAUCUCCCAGGAGAUUGCGGUCAAGAUGGCCCGCUUCCACGCCAUGGCCAUGCCCUUCAACAAGGAGCCCAAGUGGAUGUUCGCCACCAUGGAAGGGUACCUGAGGCAGAUCUCGGAGCUGACCUUCCCGGAGGAGGCCCAGCACAGGCACCUCCAACGCUUCAGGGCCUACGACCUGGAAGCCGAGAUGCGCAGCCUCAGGGCUCUGCUCGAGGCCACACCGUCCCCCGUGGUUUUCUGCCACAAUGAUGUGCAAGAAGGGAACAUCCUGCUCCUGGCCGGGCGAGAGGCCUCUUCUUCAUCUUCAUCUUCCUCCUCCUCCGACCGCCUGAUGCUCAUUGACUUUGAGUACAGCAGCUACAACUUCCGGGGCUUUGACAUUGCAAACCACUUCUGCGAAUGGAUCUACAACUAUGCGCAUGACCAGUGGCCCUUCUACAAAGCCACCCCCGAAAACUACCCCAACCGCCUCCAGCAGCUGCAUUUCAUCCGGUGCUACUUGGAAGAGGCCAAAGGGAAGAGCGAGCCUUUGUCGCCCGAAGACCAGGAGCGCACGGAGGAGGAGAUGCUGCUGGAGAUCAGCCGGUUCGCGAUGGCAUCGCACUUCUUCUGGGGCCUGUGGUCCAUCUUGCAGGCCAAGAUCUCCACCAUUGAGUUUGGCUACCUGGAGUAUGCCCAGUGCCGCUUCGAAGCCUAUUUCCAGCAAAAGGCCACCUGCCAGUGACCCAUGGCCCUUUGGCCGGAACCAGCUGGACAUCUGACCGCUCUGCCUGGACGGAAGGGACCCUUCUGCUGCUGGACCAAAGCCUCUCUCUCUCUCUCUCUCUCUCUCUCUCUCUCUCUCUCUCUGUCCAUUCAUUCUCUUCCUUCAAAGGCAACAAGGGUUGGCUGGCCAGCCCUUGACCUUUGGGGUCAAAACGGCUGGACAUCCCAAGACGCUGCCGUGGAGCCUCCAGGCUUGAAUUUUGCAUCACAAGGAAAUGGGACUAAAAGGGAGCAGAUCUACGUGGGCAUCCACACUGGAGAACUAAUGCAGUCCGGCACCCCUUUUAAACUGCCAAACUCUGGGGCUUUGUAGUUUUGGAAACCACACAACUCCCAGGAUUGCAUAGCAUUGAGCUCGGCAGUUAAAGCGGUGCAAAUCUGCGUUCGUUCUGCAGUGUAGAUGCACUUCUCCAAGACCCCAUCUACACUGGAGUGCAGUUUCGGAAUGCAAAUGUACAUUAAUAUAAUCCAUGCCCGGCGCAGUUAAAGCGGCAUUCCUUGCAGUGUAGGUGGGGCCCAAGGAUGCUGGGAUUUGUAGUUCGCAGCUAGAGCUUGGCAUCAUGGAAGAGGGGAAGUUGUCAUUGCACAUGAGCUUCUUCUUCUUCUGCAACAGCAGCAGCACAACGAAGGUGCCUUUGCCCCAUUUGCACUCGUGUCUCUCCGUCCAGCUUUUGGGGCCUCGUUCUGCUGCUGCAACGGCACAAAAACAACGGCCGCGCAAUGUAUCUCCUGCCGUCACCAAUAAACGCCUGGCGCUUGCUGCCACCAGAACCUUC